AUGGACUGCUGUUCAAGCGAACAGCCAGCUGGAUAUUUGGCGCGACUGUCCCUGGGAGAAAAGCGACGACCAGACUUCUAUCUUGGAGGACUGAGAGAAGGCUUCCUCGUGGAUCUUCACAGGCGCACGGCGACAUUGUACAACGGUGUAGACGUUCCCUUCAGUGCCACGAACUUGGGUGACGUCACCAAAGCCGUCUUGGGCGUCACGGUUGUCAAGAACCUCGAGGAUAUGGGCAACCGCUUGCUCGACAUCCAUUCCGCCACCACGACGCAGAAUGAAUUGAUCCGCUUUGCUAAAGAACAUGUCGACAGAGAAUGGUGUCUCAGAGCAAAAGCUGCCAGGGAGACCAUGGCGGAGAGUUGGGAGGAACUGCGCAAGGGCAAUCCGAAUGUGUCGGGCACCCAUCGGGGGCUUUUCGGGCCACCGCAAUAA